GGCUGUGGUGAUUGGGAAAAGCCCAGGGUGAAGUGAUCUGAGCAGUGUGAAGAUAGCAGAUGAACCCAGGUGUGUACAAAGAACAGAAGACUGAAGGGAAUUACACCCACAAGUUGGGUGGCACCUAGAAGGCUGGAGCUGAGAUGGCCUUGGCAGAGGACCUGGAGAAGGAGCUGGAGGCCACAGCCCAGGAAGUGCUAGGGAAACUGAGGAGCCGUCAGCUGUUCCAGUCCCAGUGGGACACUGCUGCCUUCAUCAUCUUCCUCAUCUUCCUCGGCACCGUGUUGCUGCUGCUGCUGCUUGUUGGCAUCCACUGCUGCUGCUACAGCUGCUGCGGCCGCCGCGCCCCCAGGUCCCAGAAGGUGAGCCCUGAGCAGGAACACCGCAAGGGCGUGGAUAACUUGGCCCUGGAACCUUAACACGGGGAGCACCCCCCCCC